AUGGACUCAGACCUGAUCAGUACAGUGACAACUAUGCAGGGACAAGGCACUCAUAUGUAUGGCCGUGUCGUCGGCCUGAAAGAGCAACGAGCCCUCCCGGAUCCCACCCGCCUCGCCCCUGAAGAUGCAUACUACACCUCUUCGCUGCCGCGCGCGCGGCCUACCUCGGCCCACUUUGACAGUUCCAUGCGCGUGUUGAACCCCAACGCUGUGGCGGCGUUGCGAUCGCCGCCGGCCGUGCCAGGAGCCGGUGGUGGUGGGCGAAAGGAGGUACAAAAGCUGCGGGGGACCAGCCGCCGGAGGAGACGAAAGGGCGCCUGGAAAAAGCUACUCUGGGUGAAACAGUCCUAUCCCGACAACUACACGGAUACAGAGACCUUCCUGGACCAUCUGCAGCGCAAUCCUCGCGUACGCCCCUACGAUUUCUGGCCUCUCGUGGCCGACUCCACCGUUAUCGUACAACAUGUAUGCUCGGUCGCGAUCUUCGUAUGCUGUUUCGUUGGCAUUGUGCAGGGCCGCGUGAGCCCUGUCUCGGUGGUGUGCUGGGGCAGUGUCGGGACCGCCUUGGGUUGGAUCUUCUGGGAUUCUUGGAUUCUGCGGGAACAUGUGGAGAGUGUGCAGGUCGCUGAGCGAGCAUCAUUAGAAGGGGAUGACGGAUCGAGUUCGAGUUCCAUGACUAGCUCCGUCAACCCGUCGUCCAGUACCGCUAGUUCGCGUCCCUGCGGCCAGAAGGAGAACCAGGUCCAUGGGCUGGGAUUGUCCCUGGCACAGAAUGAAUCCAGUGAGCCCGCCCACCGACAGAGCAUGGGAAGCGGUGGGGAUGUCGAUGGCAGCGGACAGGAACCAGUGUCUCCCCUGUCUGGCCCGGUGAGUGGUCCACUGGGUGGCCUGUCGUCCGAGGCGGACAUGUCGCCGAUGUUCUCCUCGAGGAACCGCCAACGGCUUUCUACCGUCAAGUCGGCUUUCCUGAUCUACUUCUCGUUGCUCGCGCUGAGUCCCAUCUUAAAGUCGCUUACCAAAUCGACCGCCAGCGAUUCGAUCUGGGCCAUGAGCUGCUGGCUGCUGAUCAUGAACAUCUUCUCCUUUGACUACGGAAGCGGGGAGGGCGCAGGCGCCACCAAAUUCCCGGCUUCCCUGUCUACCAAUGCCGCAGUGAUGGCUUCCACCGUAUUAGCGUCUCGACUGCCAUCCACCACCCACGUGUUUAGCCUGAUGCUCUUCUCAAUGGAGGUCUUUGGGUUGUUUCCCAUUUUCCGACGGCAGCUGCGUCAUGUGUCCUGGACUGGCCAUGUUCUGCUGACGCUGGCGUUGGUGCUCGUCGCUGGCGGUGCCGUGGGCAUCACCCUGCGUGGCGGAUGGGCGGCGUUUGUGGUCGGAUCCAUUUUAGGGAGCAUCCUGACGGCGCUGACUAUGGGAGGAUGUAGCUGGUGGCUGAUCAGUCUCCAGAAGUAUAAGAAUGUGGUGACUGGGCCGUGGGAUCCAGCCCGACCGAUUAUCCGGCGACACUGGGAUUAAGGACUUGCAGCGCAGCCCAGUAGCCCGUCGUGUGGACGAUCUUCAGCUUCAGAAAUACUUUUACAAGAUACCCAUACAGUAUUAAGACUUUGGAUCUAGCGUUUUUCAUAUGAACAUGGAUUUGAACCGUGAAAUUAACAUCUUGGCUUCCCCCCGUGUAAGAUCUGACCUGAGUCUGCUGUACAUCGCCAAGGAAAGACAAUGAAAUUGGCUUCAAU